GCCCCGCGGAGGAGGAGCAGGAGAAGCGGCGGCGCCGUGCGGGGCCCGGCAAGGACGCGGCAAGGGCGGCCAUGGCCGGUUCCAAGCCGCUGUCCCGCUUCUGGGAGUGGGGCAGGAACAUCGUGUGCGUGGGGCGCAACUACGCGGAGCACGCCAAGGAGAUGGGCAGCGCCCUGCCCGCAGAGCCGCUCUUCUUCCUCAAGCCCUCCUCGGCCUACGUGAGGGAGGGAUCGCCCAUCCUGCGGCCCUACUACUGCCGGAACCUGCACCACGAGGUGGAGCUGGGGGUGGUCAUCGGCCGCAGCGCCCGGGCCGUGCCGGAGGCCCAGGCCAUGGAGCACGUGGCGGGCUAUGCCCUGUGCCUGGACAUGACGGCCCGCGACACGCAGGAGGAGUGCAAGAAGAAGGGGCUGCCCUGGACCUUGGCCAAAGGGUUCGGCUCGUCCUGCCCGGUCAGUGACUUCGUGCCCAAGGAGAAGAUCCCGGACCCGCACAAGCUGCGGAUCUGGCUGAAGGUGAACGGGAAGCUGAGGCAGGAGGGGGACACCUCCUCCAUGAUCUUCUCCAUCCCUUACCUGAUCAGCUACAUCAGCCACAUCUUCACCUUGGAAGAAGGGGACUUGAUUCUCACGGGGUCUCCCAAGGGAGUGGGGUCCGUGGAGGCCGACGAUGAGAUCGAGGCGGGAAUCGGGGACAUGGUGUCCAUGAGGUUCAGGGUGGCACAGCAGACACGGGGAUCCUGAUGCACGGAUCCAGCCUGCCACGAGGACAUCUGGGACAUGAACACUUCCAAGGUGCCCAAGGGAUUGCCACACAUCACGGAACCGGGAGCCCAAAAGGUGUUCUGUGACUGACACAACCCCAUUUCCAUGGAGGCUUCAGCAAACCUGGAGUCCAGCCCAGCCUGGAGCAGGUGGAGCCCAGAAGCUCCAGAUUCCAAAAUUUAAUUCCAAAACCGUAUCUUGGAACUGGUGAUGGAGAGACAUUGGGGUGGGGAAUGGGGCUGGCUGUCCUGUGUGUGCUUCCCUUCCGCUGAUGCUUUGAGUUUUGCCGACGUACUGCCUUAAAAUAAAAAUUACCGGUCAAAGCAAUUCAAAUAACGAUGUAGGAGCUAAGGCUCGGCCGUGCUGGAGGAAAUCAAAGGUGUAUGUGUAGAUGUGCAGCCCUAAAUCAAGAAUUGCAGCUUCACAAAGAGUUUCCUCUGCAAGAGAAAGAUGUUUGAUUUUUUGGAUUAGUUUUGUGAUUCCUCCCUGCUUUUUCCAAACAUACAAAUUAAGGGAGGAUGGCUUUUCCUCCCACUCCAAGGGGCAGCAGGAAGUGUGCCAGAUGUUUGGCAGAUUGGUUUUUUUCCUAAACUGAGCUUUAAAUACGUUCUAAAAGUGAAAUAAUGCAAAAAAAAGAUCCAGAAUAAAGAGGCAUAUGGGUAGAGAUCACCACCAAACUUGUCUUUUGACUGAUUUCAAUGCAUUUUUAGUAAAACUGUGACUGCAGCAGUUGGAGUUUUAAGUAUUUCCAGCUGCUAAAAGCCACGCUGGGUAACUUUCCCCAGUUCCCAACUCCAGCUGAUCCAGCACUCCCCACCACUUUGCAUGACAGCGAGUUCUCUUCCAAUUCAACAGAGCAAGUUGUAAAACAUAAUUCAAAAAAUCCUCCCCAUGCAAACAUCAAAACUUAGAUUUUCAAAGGUUGCACAGAACCAGCUCAGUUCUAGCAGAAACAGAUGGCUUUUGUUUGGUUUUUCUUUCCUUUUUUACAUAAAUGCAAAGCACCAAAGUUAAACACUUCCAUCCAUCAGAGCCAGAUCUUAUUAACUGGUAGGAAAAGCUUUGCUUUUAAAAGACGGGAGUUUUACAGAGAAAAAUCUUGUCCCAAAGAGAAGCAGC